UACCCGAUAUAAACGAGGGUCAAAUUUUUCGCACAUUUCACUUCUUGCCACCGUUAGACUAGUCUGAUUGAUACUUAAUAGUAGUAUAAUUUUGAUUAAAGAAAAAAAAUUGGUUUCAAUUUAUAGAUUAUUGAGAGAUAUUGCUUUAUGGGGGGAUUGGUGAGUGAUGGCUGCAGACCAGUUGUUGUUAUAUGGGCCGUAUUUCUGCUGUCCUCGGUCAUGGGAUACAGACCAGUAAUUAUUGUUCACGGGAUAUUAGAUGGACCCAGACAGUUUGAGAUUUUGGCUCAAUUUAUCAAUCAGUCUCAUCCAGGUACCAAUGUGACCACACUAGCCCUUUAUGACUACAUUGCCAGUAUGAAAUCACUGUGGCAACAGGUAGAUGGAUUCAGAGAGGCCAUCAGACCCAUAAUGGAGAGCGCUGAAGAUGGUGUCCAUCUCAUCUGCUUCUCACAAGGUGGUUUGAUAUGUCGAGGAGUUCUAGCAACCCUUCCGACACACAAUGUUCACUCUCUGAUAUUCCUGUCGUCUCCACUAGCUGGCCAGUAUGGAGAUUCGUGUUAUUUGAAAUAUUUUUUCCCUAAAUUUAUCAAGUCAAGACUGUACCAGUUCUGUUACACUACAUGGGGACAAAGGGUAUCUAUCUGCAACUACUGGAAUGAUCCACACCAAAGAGAGAGAUACUUAAACAGCAGCAAGUAUCUCGCCCCACUGAAUGGAGAGAUACAGCAUGCUAAUUCAACAGCGUGGCGAGACAGCUUCUUGCGCAUAAAGACGCUCGUGCUAAUCGGCGGACAAGAUGACGGCGUUAUUACACCAUGGGAGUCAAGUAUUUUUGGGUUUUAUGACAGCAAUGAAACUGUGGUAGAGAUGGAAAAGCAGGAUUGGUAUCUAACAGAUGCAUUUGGCCUGAAAACACUCAACUCAGUAGGAGCCGUGGUCAAGUAUAUCGUCCCUGGUGUUCACCAUACAUCCUGGCAUUCGAAUCUCACAGUCUACAAGAACUGCAUAGACAAGUGGCUGACCUAAUCUACAGAGAAGGAAAAAAAGAAACUGAUCUUGUUACAUGCAUAAGCACAAUCCUCAAUGUAAUCAUGUCUUGUGUAAAUUAUGACUGUACACUUAUUAAUCACCUAAGAUUUUUUUUCUAACAGAAUGUGAUAAUUUAUAAUCUGUGUAGUCAAUGGAUGAUUUUCUAAUAUAUAUUUUUCUAGCAAUUUUCUAUUUAUGUCAAAUCAAUUUGAAUAUUGUGAGCAAGUUAUUUUGUCCUGCCACCAGAAAUAAUGGAAGCCUAAUAUUUUUUAAUCAAAUAAAUUCAAAAAUAAAUUAUUAAAUUGAUAUAAAAAAUUCUAAUUAUAUUUUUUUAAUUAGAUUUGCAUUUUCCUGGUUAAGUAAACAUUACUUAAAAGAAAACAGAAAAAAAAAUCUUUUUUAUAUUUUCACAUUAUCAAUAUUCUAUUUAUUAAAUAUAUUUUAUUUAUGAACUUAUGAACUUACUAUUCUUUUUAAUAUUUAACUUGUAACUUUUUAAAUUUUUCGGAUCAUCAGUUAUCAAAGCUCACUAAAUAUUGGUCACAGACACAGGUUUUUACGUUACAUUUCACCAAGCCAAUUACUCACUAAAAACUCACAGAUCAUAUUUUGAUGCCAUUUUAAGUCUUAUUUUGACAUAACAAAUGGGUUUUAUCUAGGUGCGUGAGUUGUUUACAUACUUUUUAAAAAUUAGUCUUGCCGUUAACGUCAUUAUCCACCUUAAAUUUGCUGUAAGUGCAGGCAUGGCCAUUUGUAAAUUUUAUGGGUCUGGCUUCCUGUCUCAUCCAUGUCCAGCUAAUUUUAGCUGUACAAAACAGCUUGUUUUGCUGCUUAAUAUUGCAAAUUAGUGUGUCAUACCAUAUUAUUUUAAUGUAUUAAUUAUCUUAAUUAUGAACACACUGGUUUGUAGUGCAAACAGUUUUACCAUUUACUGCAAGUUAUUAUUCUUAUUCUUAUUUCCCUAUUGUGGCUAAUAAACCGAAAGACAGUUUUACUUUAUAACACUUUUUAAUAUUGUAUUUUGUAAUACUGGCUUUUGAUUUAUUAAGGUUAUUAAAUAAUCUUCCCAACACUGUGUGUA